AUGCUUGCGAAUUGCACAGAGAACGAAAACACUGAGGGAGAGAGAGGGAGAGAGAAGGAAGAGGAAGAGAAAUGUGAGUUGUUUUGCAGGUGAGAAAGAAAACAAUAAAUGGGGUUUUUGUCCUCCUCCAUUAAUGCGCCGAAUGCUGUUCUGCUCUGCUUCCCACUCUUCUUCAUUAAUGGUUUGCUCUCUAUACCGUCGGUUCUAAUAAAUAAUACUUUAAUAAUAGAUUAA